UUAUUACAAUGAAUGUCUUGAGUCCUAAAAAAGAAGACUAGCAAGUUGAGAAUAUGAUGAGCAUACCAAAAUAGAUUUGUUUAUUCCCUCAUCAUAAGUAUUUACUGGAUUUAUUAGACAAAAUGACAUAUAAUUAAGAAAGUAAUAGGAGAUAGUAGAAAAAUUUUGGAAGGCCUUUCAUAAUUUGUAGAUAGCAUAAAUUUAGCCCAAUGUUAAUGUUAAAUAUCCUUUUGUAAUAUAAAUAUCUUGUAACGAUUUUGUGGUACAUUCUAUUUUUUACAUAGGUUCAUUUGGGAGAUACACAGACAAAUAUAAAUAAUAAGUGUGAGUGUAUCUUUCCUUUUACAAAUUCUUUGAUUCCAUAUCAUAAUACUUAAGGCAGUCCUAUAUAUCCUAAGAUGAAACUUCCAAUUUACAAGAGAAGAGGGGUAAGUUCAAUGUAGGAUGAGAAGGAAACUAAAAAUAUACCUAAGAAUUAUUGUAAAAGCAUUAUAACUUUCGCAUGCAAAAAUAAAGAUAAUCUAUGUUUUGAGAUCUUAAAAGAUUAACUGAAAGUUGUUAAAUUUAUAGAUAAAAUUUCUGAAUAUAAAAAAAAAUUACUAAAUAUAAAGAUUUUUAGUAGUUUAUUAUAAAAAUCUGAUGAUAUCGAAGAAGAAGAGUAUAGAAGAGCAUUCAGAAUUAUAAGGUAUGAUUUGUAGAUGUAUUAGUAGUUAAAUUUUUAUAAAGAAAUAAGCUAUAAGUUAUAUAUUUAAUUCAAAAAUUAUUCAACAUAAUUGGCAUAUGAGAUAUAGAUAUUAAGUAUACAAGGGAGUAAAGAAUCCAAAUGGUUUCUCUCACAUUAAAAAUUUGUGA